CCCAGUGACGAAACAGAGCAUGCGUACUGCAAUCCUUUCUUGCUUGACACGCGUGUAAUAUUCACACUUUGGGAAAGUCUGUAUUUAAGACAGAAUUACGGAAAAUAUAAGACAUAUUUUCCACCAUUAUGGGAGGACAGGCUAAGGGCAAAAAGAAAGGCAAGCCGAAGAGGAAAGACAUCAACCCAAACCUGGAUCCAAGAUUUGUUGGAGUGUCACCUCAGGAAAGAAUGAAACUAAGAGCACAUGAAAAAGCCAAGAAGAAGUCAGCUGAGAAGUACUCUGUGCUGCAGCUUCUCGAAAAGACAGAGGAAUGCAUGGACAGUUUUGAUUUUGAGAUGGCUCGCCUUUUCUGUCAACGAGCCCUGGAUGUGGAGUCCUCAAACCUACAAGCCUUGGACAUGCAGGGACACAUCUGCUCUGAACUAGGAGACACAGAAAAAGCUAAGGAAGCUUUUUUGCGUGCAGUGGAGCUGAGCCCAGAUGUAGGCCACAGUAAGUACAUGUAUCUAGGACAAAUCAACACCGGCCAGGAGUCUGUGGACUUCUACACUAAAGGAAUACAAGUGUUGCUGUCUGCAUUGGAAAAACAAGCCCAGACCACACAGGCUGAGGCUACAGCUGCUGCCCCAGCAGAUGAAGACGCUGAGCUCCCCACAGCAAAGGAUGUUUGUGUAGCCUACUGCUCAGUGGCAGAGAUUUAUCUCACCGACCUCUGUAUGGAAGAGGGGGCUGGAGACAAAUGCAAAGAACUCAUUGAGAGAGCAUUACAGUAUCACCAUGACAACCCUGAGGCUCUACAGCUCAUGGCAAGUUACCUGUUCAGUACAGAGAGAAACCAGGAAGGCAAAGAGUACCUGUUGAAAAGUGUUGGGUUGUGGCUGCCUGCACAGGAACAGAGUGCAGCUUCUUCCAGCACAGACGAAGACAUGCAGAAUGAGAUCCCUCCAUACGAGUCACGUGUCACCACAGCCAAACUGCUCCUUGAAUCUGAGGAAUUUGAGGUGGCAGUAGAUGUGUUGGAGGGUCUCCUGGAAGAGGACGAUGAAGUCGUCCAGGUGUGGUAUCUCUCCGGCUGGGUGUGCUACCUCCAGCUGGAGAAAGCCAAAGAACUGCAGGGAAGAGAGGGAAGAGAAGUGACGGAGGAGGAGACGGAGGAGUGGAAGGCGUUGCAGGAGGUGGCCAGAUCGUACCUGACCAAUGCUAAGAAGGAUAAUUUAUAG